ACUAACUUCAUUGUAAUUGAUCUUGAAAUGUUCAUAGAAAAACAUUGAAUUUAUUUAAUUUAAAAUUGAACAUGAAUAUAACCGUCAAAUCAAGUCAAAUCUUUAUCACAUGUCAACAAAAUACAAUCGUUCGAUUUCCACGAAUAUACUUGUCAACGCAAGAACACGUAAUCAAGAAGAAAUGGAAGCCUACUAUUGGUUUAGAAAUUCAUGCACAAAUAGCAACGAAUUCAAAAUUGUUUUCUCCUGCUUCUACAAAAUUUCAAAAACCCGUUAAUUCUUGCGUAUCUUUUUUCGAUUGUGCAACUCCAGGAACAAUGCCGGUGCUUAAUAAAAAAUGUGUCGAAGCAGGUGUUACUACAGCCUUAGCAUUAUCUUGUACACUAAAUGAAAUUUCAAUCUUUGAAAGAAAACAUUACUUUUAUCCAGAUUUACCAGCUGGAUAUCAAAUUACACAAUGCAAACAACCAUUGGCUAGUAAUGGUGAAUUACAUUUCUUAGUAGAAAAUCCAAAAGUAUGUAAAGAACCAUAUGAAAAAGUAUCAAAAAUAAAACAGAUACAAUUAGAACAGGACAGUGGACGAAGUUUUCACGAUGAAUCUGCUGGAAGGAAUCUCAUUGAUUUAAAUCGUGCUGGUGUACCAUUGAUGGAAUUAGUUUUUGAGCCAGAUUUAAAUGAUGAAGAAGAAGCAGCAGCUGCUGUAAAAGAAUUAGUCAAUAUUUUUCGAAUAUUGGGUACUUGUUCAUGUAAAAUGGAAGAAGGAGCAUUCAGAAUCGAUGCAAAUGUUUCCGUAAGUUCGGAUGAUAAUUUAGGAGUUCGUACAGAGUUAAAAAAUAUUGCACAUGUACGUGCUGUUGCUUCUGCCAUAAAAUACGAGAUAAACCGACAGAUCUUACUUCUACAGUAUGGGAAGUCAGUUAUUAAUGAAACUAGAGCAUGGGAUAGCGUAAACAAGAAAACAGUUACGUUACGAGAAAAAGAGGAAAAACAGGAUUAUCGGUUCAUGCCUGAAACAGAUCUUCUUCCUCUGCGAAUAUGUCUUGAGAAUACUAACAAUAAAUAUAACUUAGUAGAUGUUGCUACAUUAAAAAAACAAUUACCUGAACUACCACUUGAAAAACGUAAAAGGUUGAAAGAAAAAUAUGGUCUUAAGGAUCGUUUGAUUUUACAAUUAUGUAAUGAAUUAGAUUAUUUGGAGUUAUUUUUCAAUGUAAUUGAAGGAAACAAAAAUCUUGAUCCAAACAUAGCGGCAAAUUUCAUUAUAAAUACAUUGCAGUUAUUUUUGAAUUCAAAUGAAAUAAAUUUUGAUUAUUGCCAAGAUAAAAUAGAAUAUAUUUCAGAAUUAAUUGAUUUAAUGCAAUCUGAUCAAAUUAAUGUGGCAACAGCAAUAAAAAUAUUAAAAUAUUUAAAUGUUAAAUCAGACAAAAGUCCUAGCCAGCUUGCGAAAGAGAAUAACUGGAUAUUAAUAAAUGAUGAAAAGGAAUUAGAAAUUAUAUGUAAAAAAGUUAUUGAAGAAAAUCCAAAAAUUGCAAAAAAAUAUGCAGUUGGAAAGAAGAAAAAAGAAUUUAGAACAUUGCUAGGGAAAGUAGCCCAAAGUACAAAUGAACGUGCUAACAUGAAAAAAGUAUCGUCAAUUCUGAAUCGUUUAAUAGAAAAAUUCUUCUAAGAAAAAGGUAUGCAUUUAUGAACUUACCUGAUAUGUAUAUAAUAGCACAAAGCAGUUUGCUACGUUAUUUUGUUUGCUCAUUUUAAUUUUAAUAUAUCUUUUUGGUCACACUAUUUUAUAAUGUAUAUAUAUGUAAUAUAUAUAUAUAUAUAAAAGAACUUUCACGAUUGCUUUAAAAAGCUGUUUUUUCUAACAUAUUUACAUAUUAUCAUAUCCAAAAUAUUAUAUAAAAAAUCACGAUAAACUUUUUGCACAUAAUUCUCUAUAAAUUGUAAUGUCACAAGUACAAAAUCAAAUAGGAAAUAAAUAAUUCUGAUAUUACAAAUUGGAGACUAGAAUUAUCAGUCUCCUUUUGCAACUAUAAACGUGUUGCCAGAAUCGUAGUAUAGGUUUAUUCUUAAUAUUUAUAAUCAUUAAAUAAAGUAUAGACAUAUCGCAUAGCAUUCAAUAAGUCUUCGUCAUUAUAUUCAUUUCUUAUGCCUGAGUAUGUGACAUGUCUACUAUUAUAUCCUGGAAGAUAAAAGCAGAUGACAAUCUUUAUCAAAUUAUGAAUAGUUUUCAUAUGAAAAAAAAUGAUUAUAGUAUAUGCUAACAACUUGAACAUUUCAGAUAGAUACAAAUGACUUAUACAUUUUUUUUAUUUUAUAUUAAUAUAUUAAAUAAAACUAUAGAAUUUAAAAGAUAUUUUUUUCAGACAUUUUAAUCCUUGAAAAACUAUUUCACAUUUAAAUUGUUUCUCUAAUUUUAUAAAUACUGAUAAUAAUAAAAAUGAAUAAUAUCAUCUAGUAAUUGAUUACUGCACUAAAAUUAAAAUAUAGCAUCUAUUUUCUUAUUACUCAUCUGUAAUACUAAUAAAAAUACGUCAUAUUAAAAUAUCAAUUAUGUAAACAAUAAUAUAGAAUAUAUUUGAUAAAGAUCAUCCUGCAUAUUGCAAAUUGCAAUUAAAUCAGUUAUUAUACAUAUUGAUUAUAACUAUACAAUAGAGAAUAGUCUGUUUCAUACAUAGAAUUGAAAACUUUGUUGAAUAAAUCAAUUAUUUAAAAAAUUAUCAAGUUAAGAUUUUGAAAGUAUACAAUGAAUAAUAGAACUGAUGUAUAUAAAAAGCAAAUGGAUCUAAUUUAAUUCUUUAUCCAAUUGUUCAGUUAUAAUCUAUUUUUUUUCCAUAGAUCCUACACAUAUAAAUUUGUAUUUAUAUAAGAACUUUUUGUUUUUUUUUUGUUUUUUCUUUUUUUUUUUCAUGUGAACACUUUGAAACUAUAUAAUACAAUAAGCACAUACAUAUCACUAUUAUAUAAUACAGAGAACAUAUCUAUAUACUAAACAGUUACACAAGAGUGUUAUUUUAUAACAAAUUUCAUUAUGAAAUAACUACCUCCAUAUACCUUUUUACAAUUGUUUACAAUAAAAUUGUUAAAAAAAAACACAAUGUCACUUGUACGAUAUUUUUUCUUUUAAUUACUUAUAAAUAUGUAAAGCCGUAUUCAUUAACGAGACAUUUUUCUUAGUACAUCAUAAUUAAAUUUACUGAAUGAAUUAUUUUUGUAAAAUUUUGUAUAAAGGGUUUGCUGCUGUUGAAAAAAUGCCAAGUCUAUGAAUACGGUUUACAAACCUAAUCAGAUGCAAGAUUAAUACCUUUUUUCACGAACGCUACUGCAAAAAUAUGCUCGACCUAUUUGGUAUAUGUAUUAGUAAAUUCGUUAAAAUUAACAGUUUUUUUGAUAAAAUUCCAAAUGCUAAUAUGCAUUAAUGCAAUGCACAUAUAUUACUUUAGAGAAAUAUAAGAUAGCAUAUUAAUUUCAUUCAAAAAAGUGAUAUAUUUGCUGCAUUAUUAUUAGAAAAAAAGCAGCAAAAUAGCAUAAAAAAGUUAUCACUAUGAUAAUUGAAACGUUCGACAAAAAAAUCAUAAUGAUAAAAGAUUUAAAAAUGACAGUCUUUAGAAAAAGGCCACUUGAGUACUGUGAAAAUCAUCUCCUUAAUCCACAGCUUUCUCACUUUGUUCUAUGUAUUUUAUAAAAUGCCAUGGCAAUUGUAACUUAUAGAUUUUUUAAGGACGAAUGUCAGAAAGAUAAUAUAUAAAUAGUAAACUCUACUUUAAUUAUGUGUAUGUGUAUAUGUAUAUGUAUAUUUAUCUGUAUCCCAUAGGGUAGAACGUUUCGCACAAGUUAUUAUAUAUUUACAAAAUGUGCUUAGAAAGAGUCAACAUCAACAGCAUGAUUAAUUAAAAUUGUUGUUAUAAUAAAAGAAUUCUUUUACAUACGGAUUGAAUAAAGCUCAACCUGCUCUUCAUGUAGUAUUGGCACUAUCAUGAUCUAAGAAAUUUAUCUUUGAUAUUGAAAAAAAAAAAAAAA